GUGUUUAUGUCCCAGUCUGCAAUUAUCGCGUGUGCAGUCUUUUUAUAAACCCAAUUUUUGCAUAAGAUAGCGUCAUGAUGACGAAAAAUUAGGUAUGAAUUGGCCGCGGGCAGUGUCAUUGGUCACAGUGAAAUUUGAAUAUAGCUAAAUUACCGAGGUAAUAAUGAGUUUAAUGGAUUUUCUCUUGAGCUGGCCACUUUUAAUAUUAUUACUAGUGAAGAUGAUACGGCGACUAUUUGCGACAUUCAUAGAACAACCCAUCCAGGGUCAAGCUGCGGAUAUUCUACCUUCGCCUGCGCCACUCCCAGGACGACAAUUUUCCAAUGCACGCCUUCAGAGUUUAUCCUGGCUCCAUGCAGCAGCACCAUGCUUUCCUGUACGUGGUGAUAGUAUCACCGUUAUUCAGGACCCGAAGGUUUUCUAUGAGACUGUCGUGGCAAAGUGUGCCUCAGCCAAGAGUCGCAUUAUCCUGGCCAGUCUCUACCUGGGUAUCGGACAACUCGAAACGAGGCUAAUUUCUGUGUUGCGAGAUAAUUUACGGGAGAAUAAGCAGCUUAAAAUAAACUUCCUGCUCGACUUUAAUCGUGGCACACGAGGAAAAAUUAAUUCGAGGACGACAAUAAUGCCACUAAUUGAGGAAAGUGAAAAUGUUAGCUUAUCCCUCUACCAUACACCUGUCCUACGGGGUCUCACAAAGAGAUUUGCUCCACCACGAUGGAAUGAACUUCUGGGGCUGCAACAUAUGAAGGUGUACCUGUUUGAUAACUCCGUCAUCAUAAGCGGAGCAAAUCUCUCCAAUGACUAUUUCACAAAUCGCCAGGAUCGUUACAUCAUGAUUGAGAACAAAACUCUUGCCGACUUUUAUGCAGGACUUGUGGGGAAAGUUCAAGAAUUUAGUCUCCAAGUGUCCAAAGAAUCAUCGUUUGAAUUACAAAAUUCAUGGAAGCACUGGCCCUAUGAGGGUAAUCAAAGUGUCUUUGUCCAGGAGGCACGUCAGAGGAUUUUCUCGUACUUUAGUGAAGUUGUCGAUAAGCAAAAGAAUGCUGUGGACAUGGAAAAAGACGCAGAUACGUGGAUCUUCCCUGUGAUUGAAAUGGGUCAGCUAGGUAUUCAUCACGAUAGCAUAGUGACAAAGGCAAUUUUCCAAAAUUCUCUGCCCAGUACGCGAAUUCGAAUGGCAACUGGUUAUUUCAACCUCACCCAGGAAUAUAUGGAUUCAAUAGCAGAUUGUCAAGCUGAAUGUGCCAUCCUUAUGGCACAUCCAAAUGCAAACGGAUUUAAGGGUGCAAAGGGUCCUGCAGGUGGUAUUCCGGAUGCAUACACCCUCAUUGCACGGCAAUUCUAUGAGAAACUCCGUGCGGCUAAACAGGAACAUCGGGUAAGUUUGUAUGAAUACCAAUUGCCAGGAUGGACGUACCAUGCUAAAGGACUAUGGUACUACCUGCCCAAUUCGAAUCUUCCCGCAAUGACACUCAUUGGAUCCUCAAACUUCGGUGAGAGAUCCGUUAAUCGUGAUCUUGAGACACAAGUUUGCAUUGUGACGGAGAACCCAGACCUCCAGAGGCGCCUUGAGGCCGAAUGUGAGAAUCUUUAUCGACUUGGGAGCGCAGCUGAAUCUGAUAUCACGCAAAGGGAUAUUCCAAGAUGGGUGAGAGCCGUUGUAUCCGUGUUUAAAAAUUUCUUCUAAUUGCCGCGCGCAUCUGUGCUUUCAUGCCGCUAGUCAAUAAAUUCGCAAAAAGAAAAUAAAUUAUUUCACAAUAUCUCAUAUGUUUAUUCAUAAGAGAUGAGAUUUCCUUAUACAAAAAGAUUUGGGGUAGGGGGAGAGUACUUAAAAAUGUAAUCAUUUAUAGAAUAAACUCACAUUGGACACAACUAUGUGAGUGAAAAAUAAAUUAUGGUCACGUCAAAGAGGUCAAUCCAUCAAUUUAA